AUGCUGCCGCUCCUGGCGAUCGGAUUCUUCGCGCCGCAGCGGCCGCUGCCGACCGCGGCUGCCGCGCGGCAGCGGGCAGCGGCCUCUCUCGUGCGCGCCUCCGCCGACAUGGCCGUCGACCGGCGCGUUGACUGCAUCGUCGUCGGCGCCGGCAUCUCGGGCUCGACGCUGGCGCACAACCUGCACCGCGGCGGCGCGGACGUGCUGCUCGCCGAGGCGCGCGACUACGUGGGUGGCAACGUCGUCUCGCACGAGGAGGACCUCGGCAUCGAGAAGGAGCUGGUGUUUGCGGACGAGUCGCUGCCGCCGUGGGUGAACCACGGCGGCAAGCUGCACCCGCUCCCCAAGGGCAAGGGCGGCAAGGGCCCAAAGGGCCAGCUCGAGCUCGUCUUUGGCUCCAACGGCGUCCUCAAGUUUGGGCUCUCUGGCAGCCUGCUGUCGUGGCCCGGUAAGAUCCGCGCGGCGAUCGGGGCGCUGGUUGGGCACGCGCCGCCGCCCGAGGGGAAGGAGGAGACCAUCCGCGAGUGGGUGACGCGCACCCUCGGCGAGGAGGUCUUCCUCCGCUGCAUCGACCCCUUUGUGUCGGGCGUGUACGCGGGCGACCCGAUGACGCUCUCGAUGUCCGCCGCGCUGUCCAAGAUCGCGCGCAUCGAGCGCUAUUCGUACGGGAUCGAGUGGAACAAGCUCGGCGCCAUCUUCUACGGCGGCCUCGCGCGCCAGGUCGAGCUGACGAAGGAGCGCAAGGCGAGCCCGCCCGACCCCGCCAAGGCGGGGGACCCCGGCCUCUCCACGCUGCCGCACGCGAUAGCGGCCGAGCUCGGCCAGCCGCACGGCGCGCCGCCCGACCCGGCCUCGCGCGUCCUUCCCGGUGCGGCGCCGCUGACAGAGGCACUGCGCGAGGGCAUCGGGCGCAAGGGGAUCUACUACCCGCCCGUCGCCGCCGUCACGGUCGCCUACCCGAAGAGCGCCUUCCGCGACGUCGAGCUCGACAACGGCUUCGGGCCGCUGCGAGACCUGCCCGGGUUUGGGUCGCUCAACCCGCGCUCUGAGGGCGUGCGCACGCUGGGCACGCUCUGGUCGUCCUCCCUCUUCCCCGGCCGCUGCCCGCCCGAGUACAACUUGCUGCUAAACUACAUCGGCGGCUCGCGCGACGCGCCGAUCGCGGAGCUCAGCGAGGAGGUGCUGCUCAAGCCGGACGCGCCGCCGCCAAAGGUGCUCAGCGCAAAGCUGUGGCCGACGGCCAUCCCGCAGUACGAGCUCGGCCACGCGCCUCUCAUCGAGGCGCUCGAGCGCGCAGAGGCCGACACGCCCGGCUUGUGGGAGCAGGGGCAGACCGUGCUGCAGGUGGAGAGCUGGUUCGACACGGGCGUGCGUCUCGCGCGGCCGACCGAGGCGGCGGAGAGCGGCACUGGUGCCCGAGGCGGCGGGGGCGGUGGGGGCGGCUGGGGACGCUCAUGACGGCGCUCACGAGUGGCCGAUGCUCGGCGGGAGCGCGGGCCCGCAUCGCAUGGCUGGCCGCAGGGCCUUGGCAGCACGCCGGUAGAGGGUGGCGCGUCUUGGCCCACAGCAGUCUCGCCGCCCGGAUCUCUCGCCAUUCCCCGCGCGGAGAGGUGCUCAGAGGAGAGCCGAGCAGCGAGAGAGGACGGGUUGGAGCUUGGAGGCUAGCUGGAGCUUGGCAUCCGUGCAAGGAGGCUGUAAGCGUCGCACGCAGCGCUUGUCUAUCUCGAUCGCACCCCCGAAGCCAUCGUGUACCAAAAGUAAAAUAUAAAC